AAGAACUAGGAGAAUCUCCCAUAGACUAAUCCACAUAUUAUUGAGGUAAAAUUUCAAGUUAAUUCCCCUAAAACUGAGGUUUGAUAUUCUCACCCCCUGUUCACGAAAUAUCCACCACCAAAUCUGUCCCAAAAAAUUACCCAAAUAUUACAAGAACAAGUUCCUUGAAUCCUAAUGCCUCUCUGUCUCCUCCUUCAAAAGAAAAGAAGUUUCUUUGCUAUGUUUUAAGAGAGAGAGGGAGACAGAGAGGGGGGAGAGAGAGGGAGAUAAAAUCUCUCUAGAGAGAGGAAUAUAGAGGAUCAAGACAAUAUAGCUAUCAUUUUGAGAGAGAAAGGAAUUACCCUAUGGCGCCAAAAAAACAGAAAUUCUUUUCAAUGUAAGAUCUUCUAGAGCUUUUGGGUAAACCUCACCAAGCUCUCAUUUUUAUCCCAAUUUUCUCUCUUUUUGCACAUUCUCCCCAUUUGCCCAAAAAAAAAUACAUGCAAAUAUUUGGGUUCUUAUAGAUUGUGUUCAGCUCUGAUCUCUAUGGUAUGCUGAUCCUAGAAAGAGGAAAGGAGCUAUUUCUCCAUCUGGGUAUUUGUUAAAAUUUCAAGUUUUCAUUCAUUUAUGUCUAAGGGUGGGAAUUUUAUCACAUAGUUGUGAAAUUCAAAAACUCACGUCUGGGUUUGUCCAAAAGCUUGUGUUUUCAUCUAGAAAUUGCAAAUUUGCAUUGUUGUUGGUACCCAUUUAGAUGGCUGGAGGUAGAGGAAGGAGAAAGAAGCUUCAUUUCAAUAAAUUGUUCAGCUUUUCAUGUCUAAAGCCUUCUCCUACUGAUGAUCAUUUGAAUAUCGGGGGCCCGGGAUAUUCUAGAGUUGUAUUUGCCAAUGAACCAGAUUGUUUUGAGGCCAAUAUAUUGAAUUAUGGCAACAAUUAUGUGUCUACGACCAAGUACACAUUGGCUACUUUUGUGCCCAAAUCUUUGUUCGAGCAGUUUAGGAGAGUUGCCAAUAUAUACUUUUUAUUUACUGGAUGCCUUGCGUUUACGCCGUUGGCGCCUUACACGGCAGUGAGCGCGGUGUUGCCGCUGGUGGUGGUGAUCUGGGCAAGCAUGGCUAAGGAGGCUGUCGAAGAUUGGAGGAGGAAUCAGCAGGACAGAGAGGUGAAUAAUCGAAAGGUUAAAGUUCAUCGCGGUGGGGGACACUUUGAGCUAACCGAAUGGAAAAAUUUGAGAGUUGGAGACAUAGUGAAUGUAGAAAAAGAUAAUUUCUUUCCUGCCGAUCUAAUCAUGCUUUCAUCAAGUUAUGAAGAGGCAAUUUGUUACGUGGAAACCACGAAUCUUGAUGGAGAAACCAAUUUGAAGCUAAAACAGUCACUAGAAGCAACUUCGAGCUUACAAGAUGAUUCUAGCUUCCAACAUUUCAAAGCAGUGAUAAAAUGUGAAGACCCAAAUGCAAACCUCUACACUUUUGUAGGAACCAUGGACUAUGAAGGCCAACAAUAUCCUCUCUCACCUCAACAACUUCUUCUAAGGGACUCAAAACUCCGAAAUACCGAUUUUGUUUAUGGGGUUGUCGUAUUCACAGGUCAAGAUACGAAAGUUAUGCAAAAUGCCAUAAAUCCACCUUCAAAGAGAAGCAAAAUUGAGAGGAAAAUGGAUAAACUUAUUUACCUCUUGCUAUUUGGCUUGGUUUUGAUCUCAAUUAUUGGAUCAAUUUCCUUUGGUAUUAAAACCUACAAUGACCUGAAAAAUGGCAGGAUGACACGUUGGUAUCUUCGACCUGAUGACGCUGAUUGGUACUAUGAUCCUAAAAGGGCAGUUCUUGCAGCAAUUUUGCACUUCUUGACUGCAAUGAUGCUAUAUAGUUAUUUUAUCCCCAUCUCUUUGUAUGUUUCUAUAGAGAUUGUCAAAGUUCUUCAGGCCAUUUUCAUCAACCAGGACAUUCAAAUGUAUCACGAGGAAACUGAUACACCCGCUCAUGCUCGUACCUCAAAUUUAAACGAGGAAUUAGGUCAAGUUGACACAAUCCUCUCAGAUAAAACCGGAACAUUGACUUGUAACUCUAUGGAGUUUAUAAAGUGCUCAAUAGCUGGUACUGCUUAUGGUCGUGGUAUUACUGAGGUGGAGAAGGCAAUGGCCAAAAGAAAAAGGUCCACGUUGCCUUUUGAGACUCCUCAAGAAGACAAGGAAGUGGAUGAAAAACCAAAGGUUAAAGGGUUUAAUUUCAAAGAUGGUCGAAUAAUGAAUGGAAAUUGGGUUAAUGAGCCUCGUGCUGAUAUUAUACAGUUGUUUUUUCGUCUCUUGGCUGUAUGCCAUACUGCUAUACCCGAAAUUGAUGAAACCUCAGGUAAAAUUACUUAUGAAGCUGAGUCACCAGAUGAGGCAGCAUUUGUUAUUGCAGCAAGGGAAGUAGGAUUUGAGUUCUAUCAGAGAACACAGACAUCUAUCUCCGUUCAUGAGCUUGAUCCUUCUACGGGCAAGACAGUGGAUAGAUCAUAUAGGCUCUUGAAUAUCUUAGAGUUUAGUAGCACUCGGAAAAGGAUGUCUGUGAUAGUUAAAACUGAUGAGGGAAAACUUUUGCUUCUCACUAAAGGUGCCGACAAUGUUAUGUUUGAAAGGCUUGCAAAGAAUGGAAGAGAAUUCGAGGAGAAGACUAAGGAGAACUUGCAUGAUUAUGCUGAUGCUGGCUUAAGGACAUUAGUUCUUGCAUAUCGCGAGCUUGAUGAAAAGGUGUAUGAGAAAUUCAAUAAAGAAUUUAUCCAGGCAAAGAGCUUAGUGACUGCUGAUAGAGAGGAAAAGAUUGACCAAGCUGCUGAAAAGAUCGAGAAGGAUCUAAUUCUUAUCGGUGCUACAGCUGUUGAAGACAAGCUCCAGAAUGGGGUACCUGAAUGUAUCGACAAGCUAGCGCAAGCUGGAAUUAAGAUUUGGGUAUUAACUGGUGAUAAGAUGGAGACUGCCAUCAAUAUUGGUUUUGCUUGCAGUCUACUGAGACAAGGAAUGAAGCAGAUAAUCAUCACUUUGGAAACACCAGAUAUUGUAGCAGUGGAGAAAGAAGGAAACAAAGAUGCCAUUGCUAAGGCACGUAAAGCCAGCAUCACACAACAAAUAAGUGAAGGAGAGAAACGAGUAGGCUCAUCAAGCACAGAGGCAUUUGCUUUGAUUAUUGAUGGGAAAUCCCUCACAUAUGCUUUGGAGAAUGAUGUGAAGAAUUUUUUUUUACAAUUGGCGGUGAGUUGUGCAUCAGUCAUAUGUUGCCGAUCUUCCCCCAUACAAAAAGCCCUUGUCACAAGAUUGGUUAAGAGCGGCACUCGUAAAGUAACACUAGCAAUUGGUGAUGGAGCAAAUGAUGUAGGUAUGCUUCAAGAAGCAGACAUAGGGAUUGGCAUCAGCGGUGUUGAAGGAAUGCAGGCAGUCAUGUCCAGUGAUGUUUCAAUAGCUCAGUUUCGGUUUCUAGAACGUCUACUUCUUGUUCAUGGGCAUUGGUGCUAUCGAAGGAUCUCUUCAAUGAUAUGUUACUUCUUCUACAAGAACCUUACUUUCGGUGUAACUCUCUUCUUAUAUGAGGCUUAUACCUCGUUCUCUGGUCAGGCAGCUUAUAACGAUUGGUUUAUGUCGUUAUAUAAUGUAUUUUUCACAUCUCUUCCCGUGAUAGCUUUGGGUGUGUUCGAUCAAGAUGUUUCUGCUCGUUUCUGCUUGAAGUUUCCCCUCUUAUACCAAGAAGGUGUACAAAAUGUCCUCUUUAGCUGGGUUCGAAUUCUCGGCUGGAUGUUCAACGGCAUCCUCAGUGCCAUCACCAUCUUCUUCCUCACGAUCUCUGUCCUCCAACACCAAGCCUUCCGGAAGGGCGGCGAGGUCGCUGAGCUUGAAAUCCUAGGAGCCACCAUGUACACUAUAGUCAUUUGGGUCGUCAACCUUCAAAUGGCUCUUUCUGUCUCCUACUUCACCCUCAUCCAACACAUCUUCAUAUGGGGUGGCGUCGCUUUCUGGUACCUCUUCCUCUUCGUCUAUGGUUCCAUCUCUCCAUCUUUCUCGACCAACGCGUUCAAAGUUUUCAUCGAAAGUCUUUCUCCUUCACCGUUGUUUUGGAUUGUCACUCUAUUGGUCACCAUCGCGACUUUAGUACCAUACUUUGCCUAUGCAUCAAUACAAAUGAGGUUCUUCCCAAUGUACCAUGGGAUGAUUCAGUGGAUACGGUCAGAAGGGAGGGCGGAUGAUCCCGAGUAUUGUCACGUCAUCAGGCAGAGGUCGGUCAGGCCAACGACGGUUGGGGUGUCAGCAAGGCUCGAUGCAAAGUUGUACCCUUACCCGUCAGUUAGUGUGGCAUCGAGCGGGAGGCGGUUGGAGUCACACACGUCGGUCGCAUCAUGGAGGAGCGUGAGGAGAUCGUGGAGUGGGAGUAGAGCAACGCCGUGGCUGAGUUGACACGGCUGCGCUGAGAUGGGAGGGUGAGGAGGCGAUCGCGGGCAGAACUGUAAAGGUUUUGAGGGAGAGGAGUUGUAGAGUUUCGAUUGUUGCCCCUGCCUUUUUUUUAUAUAAAGAGGGGCAGGCAUUGUUUCAGUGGUGUCGUUUACAGUGUUGCUUCUAUAGUGAAGAUCCCCCAAGCUCCCUCGUUUAUGUUUGACAUGUAGUUAGUCACUAACUUAAUUGAGGGAGGGGGUUGAGAAUCCUUUGGCGGAGGUAAGGAGCGUAUAUUUCUUGGCUCCAUGUAUGAAGAAGAAUAACCAGCUUGUGCUUUACUAAUGUAAGGUUGAUGAGAGGAGAUUUGUGCAAGA